AUGCAAACUGGGCGAAGCCCGAAACAGAGAAGGUCCGAGGUCCGAAGGGGUCAAAGAAACAACAAUAGGAGGAAAAUGUUCGAUUUGGCAAAUAAAAAAAAACGGACGCAUGCGUGCAAUGCGGUGGCCCCAGAAAACUGUGACUACCUGUGGUUGCCCGCUGGGCUGUCGUCCGACGUCCGCCUCACCUGGCCGAGUUAUUUCUCUGGGAAAAAAAUCCUGAUUCUGAGACUUCUUUUUGGACCGGAGAUCCACGAAGAAAUUGCAGGGGGUGGAAAGGUUUCCCUCACUGAAGGAAUCGACAAGAGUCCAGAGCUGAAAUGGUUACCAAGUAUCCUCCGAUUAAAGAUUGUUAGGAAAAGGAAAGCCAGUCCCGACCCGUCCUCCUCCCACCACCACCAGCAGCCGGGCGACCCGUCGACGGCCGGUCCUCGAGCGAUGGCGGAACUGCCCGAGGGCGCCGCCCCACCCGACGACCCGCAGACGUGGCGCGCCUACUACGAGCACCCGCUCACCGCCGCCACCACCGCGAUGCUCAACCUGGGCGGGGGCGGCGGCGGCGGCGGCGGGGGCGGCGGAGGCGGCGGAGGCGACGACCACUCGUCCGCCAUGGGGCUGAUCUACGAGUACUACAAGUUCCCGUCGCUGCCGGCCGAGUCUAAGGACAAGCUGGGAGACAUUUGGGCAGGUUCCCAGGCCCCAGGCAUCCUAACGUCCCAGCUGAAGGCGACCAAUGGCCUGAUAGGCGGGGCGGGGCUAGAGCUGUCGAACCCGCCCCUCUCCGGCGCCGGUCAACUCAACUCGCAAGAGCUGCAAGGUUUAUUUAUUAACCAGCACGUCGGGUACGCACAGCCCGCGGCUACCGGACAAAAUUUGCACAUCGUGAAAAGGGAACCCGAGGACCUCAGCCACCAUCGAAAAGUGGACUGCAGCUCGCCCAGCUCUGGCAGUCUGGACGGAGCCAUAAUCCUGCCGAAGCAGUCUCGAGCCAAGGUCGUGCUGGUCUCCGGCGGCCAUUCCGGCGACCUGGUGGUCGACGUCAACUCGAUCAAAGACGAGACCCACCGAGGCCUCAGCUCCCCUCAGCACGGCUCCCGGUCCAUAAACGGGACGCCCACCUCCACGCACAGCAGCCUCCUCGCAGACGGUCCCAACGCCUCCGGCCCCAUCGAGUUCAUCUCCGCGAAUGGCCUCAAGCCGGCGAUGUACGCCACGCAGAUAUUCGCCUCCAUGAACGCCCCCCCGCACGGCGGCGGCGGGGGAAAUAGCGGCACCCCCUCCCCCGUACCCUACACCGACCACCUGCAGUACAGCACGCAGAGCAGCAUCGGCGGCGGCGGCGGGGCCAUCUACUCCUCCAACGGUCGCAACAGCGCCGCCUCCUUCUCGGUCUCGGAGCCGUACUAUCGCGAGUACUUCACCACCGUGCCUUCGGGAGGUGCCGGCACCCCCGAGCCGGUGUACUCGACGCAGUUGCGCCAGAACCAGUUGGGGUAUGGCGAGGAGGCGGCGAACGGGGGUGCCACGGCGAGCUUUGUCGAGAGAUACGUCCGCCAAUCGGCGUACCACGGGAAGGGCGUUAUUGCGGCUGCCACCGCUGCAGGGCUGACAGUCGAUCUGCCCAGCCCUGACAGCGGGAUCGGCGCCGACGCAAUUACGCCCCGCGAUCAGAACGCGCUGCAGCAGUCGUUCGACUACACCGAAUUGUGCCAAUCGAACUCUACUCUAUUGGAUCCCCUGUCCCUAUCCCAGAGGAGCAACAGCAGCUCGCAAUCGCCUGGGGCACAAUCGAACAGCAGAAGUAGACCUUGGCACGACUUUGGUCGGCAAAAUGAUGCUGACAAAAUACAAAUCCCUAAAAUAUUUUCACCUGUUGGCUUCAAAUAUCACCUAGAAACCCCUAUUUCCACAUCGCAGAGGCGGGAGGACGAUAGAAUCACGUAUAUCAAUAAGGGACAAUUCUAUGGAAUCACUUUGGAAUAUAUCCCUGACCCUGACAAACAGCUCAAAUCACAGACUGUCAAGAGUGUCGUCAUGUUAAUGUUCCGGGAAGAAAAAAGUCCUGAAGAUGAAAUCAAAGCAUGGCAAUUCUGGCACGGAAGGCAACACUCAGUAAAACAACGAAUUUUAGACGCAGAUACAAAGAAUAGUGUAGGUUUAGUAGGUUGUAUUGAAGAAAUUUCUCACAAUGCCAUCGCAAUAUACUGGAACCCUAUGGAAAGUCCAGCGAAAAUCAACAUAGCCGUCCAGUGUCUGAGCACCGAUUUCAGUAGUCAGAAAGGGGUGAAAGGCCUGCCCCUUCACCUGCAAAUCGACACGUACGAAGAUCCGAGAGACACCAACAUCUACCACAGGGCGUACUGCCAAAUCAAGGUAUUUUGCGACAAGGGCGCCGAGAGGAAGACGCGGGACGAAGAAAGGCGGGCGGCCAAACGGAAGAUGACGGCGACGGGCAGGAAAAAGCUGGACGAGCUGUAUCACCCCGUAUGCGAACGGUCCGAAUUCUAUACGAUGAGCGACCUGGCGAAACCGCCGCUAACCUCGAUGGAACUCCAAGGCUUCUACUCCCACGAAGACGGGUCGCUGAGCGGUCCAGUGGACCACGUGAAGACGGCCUCGCCUUUCCUCCUGCACACGGCCUCCAAACCCCCGACUACCCCCACCCUCAAGUUCCACAACCAUUUCCCUCCUGAGGCGGAGAAGAAAGAGAGCAACAUCCUGGACGCCAGCUUAUCCUCAGACAGCAACGUCUUCUCGCCUCCCAUGAAGAGGACCAAACUGAUGAGCGGCGGCCCUGGUAGCGUAGGGCCUCCCCCUCUGAACGAGAGGGUCAUGUUGUAUGUCCGUCAGGAGAAUGAGGACGUUUACACGCCUUUGCACGUUGUGCCACCGACCACUGUAGGACUAUUGAAUGCGAUUGAGAAUAAGUACAAAAUUAGCGCUUCAAGCAUAAAUAACAUGUAUCGCAAAAACAGAAAAGGCAUUAUAGCCAAGAUUGAUGAUGACAUGGUAGCAUACUAUUGCAACGAAGACCUAUUUCUAUUAGAACUGAAAGCAGUAGAUGAGGAUCUAUUCGACAUUACUUUCGUGGAACUCAUGGACCACUGA